AUGGCACUGGUACAAAACUUGAGAUUCGCUCGUGUACGCGCCAUUGCACUUUCAUAUACAGCAGCUAUCUCGGUUCUUACUUUCGCUAUUGGCAUGUUCGUACUCCCAACUGCUGGCAAUAGCUACACACCGGCGCUCUCGAUCAUUUCAUGCGCGUCCAUCGUAACCGGCCUGGCGGCUUCUUGUGCGCUUUUCCUACCUAGACUCAAACCUCGGAAACGGCAAAAUCCCUUUGAACGCAGACGGAUAUACGUUGGCGCCGAGGCUAUAUUCUGCGUUGCGUGUCUGCCUCUGCUUUUAACUGCUUUGUCACUGGAGGCAGAACUCGCAUCUCCACAAGAUUCAUCCGCGGUGUCAAACCUAAGCAGUAACGCAAAACAGGCUUUUAAUCGAAACGGGGGACGCACUUUGGCAGGACUACUUCUCUUGUUCUCCGGAAGCACAUUACUUGUCGCUUUAAUUUAUACCUGCAUAAUAAUUGGUCUGGCCGUGUACACGCACCUCCGAACCAAACAAACAAAUAUCUGGUUCGCCGACGCCGCUGCGCACGCACCAGCUUUCACGUUCCCCAAAUUUCUGCGGUUCUUGCAAGUCCAGGAAGACGAGUCCUCGACUGAGACAGAUAUGGAAAGGGCUAGACGGUUACCAAGACUCCAACUCGAACAACUCGAAGCAGAUCCAGGUGUGAUCGCACUCGCACGUCAAGUACAAGCCCGACAUAGAACGGUGCAUACACUCGCGACGGACUGCAACUGUGGGGAAAAGCUUCCGUGGGCGCCAGCGCAUCCAGAUGAGUAUAGAGCACUUUCGAGAGUGUAUGCACGAGUUUGGACGCUCGUCGCGGAGCAAGAAGCUAUACAACGAGCUGAGCGAGCACAAAGGUUAAGUCGGGGACUGUCUCAGAGGCAGGAGAUCAGUGUUCCAGUUCCGAUAUUCAGAGUGCCUACGGAACGUGAACGGCGAAGGACAGUGUAUAUUGUGUCGUUUGAUGCUGUAUCUGCACGCUGA